AUGACGACGUACACUGAAGAGAGACAGCAGCAAAAACAACAAGACAUCGAGCAGCAGAAAGAGGGGUCGGAAGAAAACGCAUGCAACAACAGCAGCAGCAACAGCAGCAGCAGCGACAGCAACAGCAGCAGCAACAGCAGCAGCAGCGACAGCAACAGCAGCAGCAACAGCAGCAGCAGUGACAGCAACAGCAGCAGCAGCUGCAGCAGCGAUGGCAGCAGCAGCAACAGCAGUCAGGGCUGUGAGGGCAACAACGCUGACAGCAGCAGCAGCAGCAGCAGCAGCGAGAGCACAGACAGCGCCAAUAGCGGGAGCAGUGAGAGCAACAACAACAGCAGCAGCAGCGGAGACAGCAGCAGCAACAGCAGCAGCAGCAGCUGCAGUGCAACUGAGCCACAGAGUAAAGACAGCAGAGGAGACGAAUGCCCCGAAGACAGCACCGCGAAGAGCAGCAGCAGCAGAAGCAAUAGCAGCAGCAGCAGCGACAGCAGCAGUGGCAACAGCAGCAGCAGCAGUGAAGACAGUAGCAGCAAUUAUGUUGCUGCAAAGGAUAAGAAGGCCCAGCAGCGGUCUGCUGCAAAUUCGUUUGAGGGUUGGCGGGGCCUUUCAAUUUAUUUAACUCUCUGCAGUCCCUCAGAGGUCGGCCAGUUGAGGGGACUGGAGAGAGCAGCAGAUGCCUGCGUCUUGGGUUGGUCUGCUGCUGCUUCGCUGCUGCUGGGGUCAGCAGCAGCUUCUGAGGAGACACAGCAGCAGCAGAAGCAGCAGCCUACCGCUACUGCUGCUUCUGCUCCUGCUGCUGCUGCUGCUGCUAGCACAGAAGCAAAAGAAAUCCCCGCUACCUCCUGUCUCCUCAGCUGUCUCCUUAAGCCAGGGGGCCUCGUCCUCGUAGAGUCGCUCAAAUACUUGGCUAACGUUCCCAGCAAAGCAAAACAAAAGUACCGCCGACUGGCAGCAGAGGCUGCACAGCUACGCGGCUGGGGAGAGCUGCAGCAAGAGAAGUGCUGGGGUAUGAUAGACAUUUAG